CUCCACAAACUGAGGCGCAUGUUAUAGUCAUGAUGGCUACCCAGCCCCUAAAUUAGAGACGUGAGAGGCAAGUUUUUGUUGGAAAGGACCGAUAUAAAAAAAACUUCGACACACCCUGGUGACAUCCAUAACUGUUUUGCCACUGCUGGUACUGGUGUGUGGAACGUGUUUCAAGUUUUGUUGCUCAGCACGUGCAUUUGUCAGGACUGCAUUUGUCUCUGGAAACGGAAGUUUGAUCUUUUUCCACAUUUGACUGCAUGUGCCUGAGAGUCUGACCCUGCAUAUCUUCAAUGGCUGCCUUGUGCUCCACCUCUGUGCCUGAGGGUUUCCACUAUGAGACUAAGUACAUUGUCCUCAACUACCUGGGCCUCCUGCCCCCCUCCCAGCUACUGUCCACUGCUGGUGGAGGAGAUGACCAGUAUGCUAUGGAGAGAGAGCGGAACAGAGUGAUGAAAGGACAGAUAGAGGAAGAGCUAAGGCAACUGGAAGAUGAGAUCUCAGCCUACUACUCCAGUACAGGCUUCGACUGCCACAUGUCUCCGGUGUUCAGCCCUGCCAACCCAGAGAGCUCCAUCGAGGAUUGCCUUGCUGCUCUGGGUGACCGGGUGGCCAGAGACCUGGACACACACCUGACCUCCACUGUACACACACUCCUCAGUGCCCCUUUGGACUACGAGCGUUUCAGAAAAGCAGCACAAGACGUCUCCUGCCACACGCAGAGCGGCUGGACCAAGGUGCUGGUACCUUUAGUGCUGCUGCAGGCCCUACAGGGAGAAGGACAGAUCCUGGCCACCCUCCUUCCUCUGGGGGUCAAUUUCCUGGAGGAGGCUGAGGCAGACUACAUCAUCCGGCAGGGAGGCUGGGGUACAGUGUUUAGCCUGGAGGAAGAGGAGCAGCAGGGCUUGAUCAUAGCCGAGGACAGCAACGACAUCUAUAUCCUGUCUGGAGAGCAGCUUCCCACAUCGCUGCUGGGCACCAGAGAUAGCAGUGAGCUGGGCAGCUGGCAGACAGAAAGCUUACGUGUGUCUCUGGCAGGCCACGAGUCUUGGGCACAGGUGGGCAUGAUGGACCAUCCCGAAGACAUCAAGAGCCUGGAAAGCAACGAGGGCAACCUCUCAGAGGAGCGCAGCGAGAACAACUCUUCCAACUCAGACAUCGUGCACGUAGAGCGAGAGGACGCAGAGGGUGAGGGCGGGGCAGAGGCGCCUGAGCUGCAGGAGAUAAUGCUGAGCGUACUGGGGACGGAGAGUGAACUGGCUGAGCUGAGGGCGAAGUUUAGGGAUGACACCCCGCCUCCUGUCCCAGCAGCCCCAGAGCUUGUGGUGGGAUGUCUGGAGGAGCCAGUCGUCAUCGAGACCCCUGCUCCCCUGUCGGCGGUCCCGUCAGAGCCAGAACCGCGUGCCCCAUCCACUGUUCCCAUGUCAGAGUCCGAAUCCCCUGCACUAGCCCCUGUGGUUGAGCCUGCCCCUGUUGUUGAGGCAGCACCUGCCAAGAUGCCCCCUAUUCCCCAACCAGCAGAGCAAGUCCCAGAACCAGUCCCAAUACCAGUCGCAGCAGCACCACCCCAGCCAGAGCCUGUUCCAGAGGAGCCCCAGCCUGAACCUCAGUCAGAGACUGUGCUGGAGCUGGCAGCAGCGCCUGUCUUGGAGGCAGCCCCUGUGGAGACCCCUGUGGCCCCAGCUGAGGAGGCCCCAGUGCAAAUGGAACCAGAGCCCAAGUUGGAGCUUCCAGUGCUGCUUUACAGUGGAGCUGCCCUGGUGGCCCUAGCUGCUGUAGUGGCCUGGGUAGUCCUGACCCACCGGAAAAGGUAGCCUAGCGGUGCUCCUGAACGGGGCCCCAGACCUCACCGGUCCCUGCCUAGCUCACUGCAGGUAACCUGGGCUGCUGCGCUGCCAAUGCCAGGUGCACACACCAUGGCAAAAUUAACUUCUUUUCUCUCUCCAUUUUUAUUUUCCUCCGUUCUCAUCUCAUCUGGCGUUUUGAUAUGUUUGUCUUCAGUUGUACAUUGAGGUGAUGGGUCGGCGACAGCAAACUGGAAAGGACAUAUUUUACAUUUUUAUCUUGGUUUCUCUAUUGUGUGUUUUCUGGGGGUGUGGUUCUGUCCUGUGCCAUCUUGAUGCAAGUGAACGAUACAAGCAGGGGGUCUGUUACCCUCUCGGCUGGCUCUUCGGUACCUCUUUGUCCUCAGAGCCUAGUGGGUGUAGCUCAAGUCAUAAUUGCCAGUUCUGUUGCAAAAAAGGGGUAGAGGAAAGGGCACCUAUUCCAAUAGAAAAAUCUAUCUGGAAUUAUUAGAAAAAGUGUGUUCUGACUACCUUGUCCUCUGAAAAACAAUCCUGUCUUCAAGAGCAGGUUGAGGAUGAGAUGAAUGUGGUUAUGUAGAAUUUAUUUUUAUGGCAGUUAAACAAUCAUGAUUAGACUCAUUUUUGUUUUUAUAAUUAUGUGAUGUUGGGAUAUAAGAUUCAUUACUGGAGACCCUGACAUACCUGUAAAAUAACUAUCUGCAGAUUUACAAGGGACAAAAUUCUUCAUAUAUAGCACUUCAUUGAGAUGAUUAAUAUCACACUAAAAUGUGAAGUAGAUAUAUUUAUGAUCUACUCCCACUAAUGGCUGAUUGCCAGUCACUUACUACAUCAACUGAUGAUGAAUGUAUUUUGUAAAUUAUUUGGGACAAUUUUUUUGAGGGGGGGGAUUAGGGAUUCCACUUUAAAAUGUGAAUGGGAUGCCUUGACUCAAUAUUAUCACACUACCUAAUUUAAUUAAUUUAGCUAACACAUAUUUUGACACAGGUGUCUUCUCUUUUAUAUAGUGUUGUAAUGUAUGGUCAUAUUGCAGUAUUAUAAUAAUUGCAAUGAAAUAGAUUUUUUUUUUUUUAUAGUGUCAUAAAAAGGGACGAGCUGAGGAUAAAGAUUACCGCAGCUAACAGCCAGAGUGGGAUACACCAUUGCGUUUUAUAACUUGCCAUCUCUUUGGUUUUUAGGGGACUGUGAUGGGUGAAUGUGUUAUUCAACAUUCCAGGCAUGAAGAUGCAGCCUUGAAAAUAGAUGUAUAGAUCUGUCAUUGUGUGUGUGUGAGAACGUCAACCACUCCUAAAGCCAGUUUAACCAUGAUGGCACCAUGGUGAAUACUGGUCCAGGCACUGUCUUCUGUCGACAGGGAAUGGAGGGUUGGGAAUGACUGCACCAAGAUCCACUUUGUCUGUUUGGUGAAUUUCAUACUCGUAUGUUCAACUCAAAAGGUUUAAGAUUGAACAUGAAAGAUAUAGUCCGUCUACUUGAUUUAAUCUGAGACUAUCAGAAGGAGAAAUGUUUAGUCUUGAAUCAAUUUAUUCUCUCAUUCCCAACUCAUGUGUUUUUAAGAAAUAGGGCACUAGGGGGUGUGGUAUAUAGCCAAUAUAUCACGGCUAAGAGCUGUUCUUGGGCGCGACGCAACACGUCAUGCCUGGAUACAGCCCUUAGCUGUGGUAUAUUGGCCAUAUACCACAAACCCCCGAGGUUCUUCAUUCUAUUAUAAACUAGUUACCAUUGUAAAAAAUAAAUAAAGAUGAAAGCUGUUUUGUCAUACCCAUGGUAUACAGUCUAACAUACCACGGCAGUCAGCCAAUCAGCAUUCAGGGCUCAACUCACCUAGUUUAUAAUGGUAAAUAACCUCACAUGGACUGUCUUUCUUCCUCUACAUGGUUCGCUGUUUGUCCCCUCUGCUGGCCCAAACUGCCCACCCGGCACUGCCUUGCCAUUCCGCUGUAAACCCUACCUUUCUACAAUCGAGAUUUCUAAACAAAGCUUAACAGCUGUGUCUGCUGGCUUCUUCCCACUACUAGCAAAGCUUCCACUCAGGCUUGAGAAAUGGAAGUCUGUCCACAACUUGAAGAGUAGGAACAACACACAUGCCAGCCCUGCUACAGACAAUCAACAGAGCUAAUGAAACCUCAUAUCUUCCUCUGUGUACAAUGUGAAUCCAAAAUAAAAAUCUGCGCUGUUGGCCUCGA